AGCACUUUGUAUAUGGCCGCUAUACCCCGUGUUUCUAUGCACUUAGUUCAAUUAAAUACAAAGGAGUCUGAACCGUCAAACAGCUUUAUAGGCUACCUACUUCUAUACUUGUGAAAAUGAACAACGCCAACGCAAUCCACGUCAUGUUUUCCCCAAAGGAAUUAAAAAACAGCAAAAUCUUUAAUGCUACCUGCAAGAUCAAUGUGCCUUUGGGUCUUGCGUCCAUCUUCAUACAGUUAUCCGCCUUGGUGAUCUCUAUUUUUCUGGACUCUUACAUCCCUUACGGCUUUGACGACAUCGGCUUCGGAAUCUGGGCAGGUGUUUCCUACUUCAUGGCUGGCUCAUUCGGAAUGGCUGCCAGUUCCAAACAGAGAAAAUGGCGGUUGACGACGACCAUCCUAGUGUCGGCGUUUGCAUUGGGCGCUUCCAUCGUCUCCGCUACUCUGUCCGGAAUGGCGGCUUCUAUGGGCGUUCUCCCCGGUUGCGAGAAUUCAGAAUACGGGAAAACAUGCGGGCCGUGGGUAGGUUUGGAAUGGAGUCUGAUGGCAGUCAGCGUAUUGGCUGCCAUCAGUUCAGUCGUUUUGAUCCUUUGCGCGUCGGAUGUCCUCUGUUGCGGUAAUUAUAGCAGGCAUAAUAUCGCCACGACAACUGUCAGUCGCCAACAGGUUAUUCACUUUGGAAAUGGAAGACAGCACCCACAACAAUCGGGUCACUUCAAGCCGGUAGCACAUCAGCCUGUGUCAUUGAAUGUGCAACAGCUACCAACAUUUCAAGUAUCCUAUGUCCCCCAGAUAACCCAGCAUAGUCAACCGCAACCGCAACAGAUUUUGGUAACGGCUCCAGCAGUGGCUCCAGCAAUCGCACCAGCAACGAUUCCAGAUCUACAACAAGUGCAAGUUCAUCAGUAAAUAUCGCAACAUGAAAUAUGGUUAUUCAAUUUUUUUUUUGCUGCGGAAUAAACUUACAUAAUGACUGAA